AUGGUCCACGGCACUCCAGAGAAGCCCUGGGAGGCUUUCCAGAAGGCCCUGGGAGCUGGAGGUGAACUGAGGACACUGGAAGGCACUGGGAGUGUACUGGUAAGGAACCGGAUCGUAGGGGGCCGCAGCUGCCAGAAGAAGCGUCACCCCUACCAGGUGGUCCUCCUGAGUCCCCAGAAGAACAUCCACUGUGGUGGGGUCCUCAUCGACAAGUUCUGGGUGCUCACGGCCGCCCACUGCGACACCAAGAGCUCCAUCCCCAUCCGGAUGGGCGACCACAGUCUGAAGAGGAAAGAGGGCACGGAGCAGUGCAUCAGCUCGGCCCAGGCUUUCGUCCACCCCAGCUACAACCCCACCAGCCACGACAGCGACAUCAUGCUCCUGAAGCUCCAGAAACCAGCCCAUUUCACCGACUACGUCCAGCCCGUGGCUCUCCCCAAGCACUGCCCCCCUCCCAACACCGAGUGCAUUGUGUCAGGCUGGGGCAGCACCAGCAGCCCUGAAGGGUACUUCCCCGACAUCCUCCAGUGCGGCGUGGUCUACACCAUAGCCAACGAGGAGUGCACCAAACUCUACCCCAAGGGCAUCACCAAGAACAUGCUCUGUGCCGGCGUCAGCAGGGGAGGCACCGACUCCUGUCAGGGUGACUCAGGAGGGCCGCUGGUGUGCCAGGAGGAGCUGCAGGGCAUCGUGUCGUGGGGCAUGCAGGUGUGCGGGCGGCAGGGCAAGCCGGGUGUCUACACCCGGUGUCACAUGUCCUGGCCGUGCCAUGUCCCACACAUGCCGUGGCUGCACCAUGGUCUCUAUGUCCCAUACACAGGCCACGUUCUCCAUGUCUUGGCCGUGUGUGCUGCAACCCUCAAGCACCAGGACCAUGUCCCAGGCUCCAAGCCCCAUGUCUGUGUCCCCCGCGCGUCCCCCAGGAUCACCAGCAUCCGCCUGGGCAAGCACAAUCUCUUCGCCCGGGAAUCGGGUGAGCAGCAGAAGCGGGUGCUGAAGUCGGUGCCGCACCCCGACUACAACCCCACCACCAAGGACAACGACAUCAUGCUGCUGAAGCUCGUGACGCCCAUCACCGUCACCACCAGGGUCCAGCCCAUCCCUGUGGCCUCCUGCCCCCCGCAGCCUGGCACCUCCUGCGUCACCUCGGGAUGGGGGGCCACCUCAUCCCCACAAGUCUCUUACCCGGACGUCUUGCAGUGCGUCACCGUCACCAUCUUCUCGACAGACACGUGUCAGCAGUUAUACCCUGGCUACAUCACUGAGAACAUGCUCUGUGCCGGGAGCCUCAGCGGUGGUAGGGACUCCUGCCAGGGCGACUCUGGGGGACCUCUGGUUUGCAACGGGACCCUCCAAGGCAUCGUGUCCUGGGGCAUGGAGAAAUGCGGGCAGCCCAGGAGACCUGGAGUCUACACCAAGAUCUGCAGAUUCGCCCAGUGGAUCCAGGACACCAUGAGGGACAACCAGUGA